GGAGAACAACAAGAUCAAGAGGAUAACCACAGCAGCUGUCAGCAUCCGCGCCAUUCAGCUCCUCCUUAACAGCAAUAGCCUGCAGUCAGUGGAAGCUUCAGCGUUCAAAGGUUCAGAGAUUGAUAAGCUAAGCAUGAAAGGGAAUCUGGAGCUGACAAACCUACACCCGCUCGCCUUCCAGGGUAUUAAGUCUCUCACCACACUUGACUUAUCAAACACCGCCAUCACAAGACUACCGACUGAGGGCCUGAGUGGGCUGGAGACCCUUAUCCUGACAGGGACCCACGAUCUAAAGGUGUUCCCGUCCGUGUAUUCCUUCCAGCACAUUACCACGGCGCAUCUCACCUACCCCUACCACUGCUGCGCCUUCAAAUACCCACGUCUCCAUGACCCGGCGGAACACAGGAAACAUGAGGAGUUCUUGAGGAAAAUGGAGAAGGAAUUUUGCGUGGACGUCACCUCGCCAACACCUCAGAUCUCUCACGUUGGCUCUGGGUGGCGGCGGCGGAGGCGGGAGGCGUCUUCAAGCUCACCUGCGUCACCGGCACCUUCACCUGACGCGGAAGAGCAAGAAGGAAAACAGGUGAUUAGUGUGUUAAGUGGCCCUUCACCUACUCUCUCACCUGCCCAGUAUUUUCCUAAGAUUGCCGCUGCUGUCACGUUCUUGUCCGGCUCUUCCUCCUCCUCGUCUUCCCCUCGCCCCGCCAUGGAGAACCGCCACCGCACGCCACCGCUAAAUCAGUCCCCAUCACGCGGCGGCAGCGAAGUAAGAAGGAUGCGUGGAAGGAAAACACAGGUGAUUAUACAACAGAAGGAGGAGGAGGACGAGGACAAGGAGGAGGUUAAAGGAGGCAUGAGGAGGAAAGGGAAAAAACAGGUGAUAAUUAUGGAAGACGCUAACAAGGAGGAGGAGGAAGAAGAAGAAAUGGUGGGUAAAGAAGAUGUGAAGAGGAAAGCGCCAAGACUGAGUGCUCUUUCUCAGGUAAACAACAAUCCAUCUUACCUGGAGAGUGGCAAAUUAGGGCACCAGGUGAGGGGCGGGGCGGUCUUCACUCCCCGCCUCCCUCGCUCCUUCGGUCACCUCAACACCUCCCUUCCUCUGCCCCCCAUGGCAUCCCCGGGGGGCGCUGACGGAUGGGGGUUAUCGGCACCUCAGGCAGAGUCCGCGGCGAGGCUUAACGAACGUGGGGGAGUCCUGCAGAGUCCUUCGUUACAUCCUGAGGACUCUGAGGACUUUGAAGAAGACCCCUUAGCUUAUAACCCUUACCACCCCGGGGGAUUCGGCGCGGGGGUCCCAGGGGAGUUUGAGGACCAUGUAGGGCAUGGUUUGGUCCCCUCAGGAGGCUUCGGGGAGGUGGUGCCGCCCCUGGAGAAGCCACAGCCGCCCCCAGACACCAACCAGUUCUUUCACGGCAAUGAAGUGACGGUGAGCCCCGUUACAACAGUGUGUGGCGGUAACCUCUCCAAGAAUUACCGAGACGUGCAGUGCUUUCCAAAACCUGAUGCCUUCAACCCUUGCGAAGAUAUCAUGGGGAAUCUGGGUCUUCGCGUGGCUGUGUGGCUGGUGGUGGUGACGGCAGUGUUCGGCAACCUCUCCGUCAUGAUCGUCUUAAUGUCCACGCGGUUCAAGAUGACGGUAUCCAAGUUUCUAAUGUGCAACUUGGCUGUGGCUGAUCUGUGCAUGGGCAUCUACCUCCUCCUCAUCGCUGCCAUGGACCUGCAUACCAUCGGCGUCUACUUCAACUCCGCUAUAUACUGGCAAAAUGGCCCCGGAUGCAAGGUGGCUGGCUUCCUGACGGUGUUCGCCUCGGAGCUGUCCAUCCUGACGCUGACGGUGAUCACGCUGGAGCGCUGGUACGCCAUCACUUACGCCAUCCACCUCAACAAGCGCCUCAGGCUGUCCGUGGCGGCGAGGGUCAUGGUGCUAGCCUGGCUCUACGCCCUCACCAUGGCCGGCCUGCCUCUCGUCGGCGUCUCUGGCUACUCCAAAACAAGCAUCUGCCUGCCCAUGGAGACAAGCGAUACGGCUGACCAGGUGUACCUGCUGGUGUUGCUGGUCACCAACGGCCUGGCCUUCGUGCUGAUCUGCGUGUGCUACGCUAAGAUGUACUGCUCCAUCGCCGGCAACAACCUCGCCGCCAACACCUCAGACACUACGGUGGCCAAGCGCAUGGCGCUGCUCGUCUUUACGGACUUCGCGUGCUGGGCGCCCAUCGCUUUCUUUGGACUAACGGCGGUGUGCGGGUACCCUCUCAUCAGCGUCACCCACGCCAAGUUCCUGCUGGUGUUCUUCUACCCCCUCAACUCGUGUGCCAACCCUUACCUGUACGCCAUCCUCACCAAACAGUACCGCCGCGACUUGUUCCUCAUGCUGGCGCGCCACGGCUUCUUCACGCGUCGCGCCAUGAAGUACAAGGGCGGCUGCUCCACCAACACGUGGCCCAACCAGCACCACGUGUGUGUCAGCGGCGGCCCAGGCGGCGGAGGCAGCGGCGGCCCCAGCAGGCGCAUCUCCACGCUGACGCAGAUCACCACGUGCGGGGAGUGGCGCGCCAGGGCGCGGGACGGCUCCGUGGAGAGUCUGCCCCACCAGGCCUCUCCGCCCCGCAUCAAGAGUAUCUCCAUGGACCUGGCGGUGCCCCUCGCUGUACCCCAAGGAGGAAUCGACCGCCGCUCGUCAGACGUGUGCCGCAAGCUGCAGCCCGUGGCCGAGGUGCACGACGGACGCGUCUCACCGCAGCCCGCCGCCACCUCCGGCUCGCCGCACCCUAUCAAGAACUGCUACGCCCGCAUGAGCUUCACGCCAGAGCAGGAAGCCCUGCUUCAACGCUACGCCUCAGACCGCCAGUCCGGCGUCACGGCCGUCAACGCUCGCCGCCGCCCUUCCGCCACGGACUCCCGCGACGACCCGCUGCCCCUCUCCCUCUACACGCCCACCACGCCAGACACCAUCACCACACCUAUCUCGCCCAGCUUGGACCACGCCGUGUAGAUCCACACACGCUUGCACACCGCCGGCAGGUUAAUCUUGCCUCGGGGACUGAGGGAGUGAGAAAGGAGGAGCGGGCAGAGGACAUGUCGCCACGCUUACUGCGAUAAUGACUUGCCGACAAGACAGACAGGCCAGUAGGGCAAGAUGUAAUAGACUGACACCUAUGUAAAUAAUGAACCUAAUCAGUAUUGCGUAAGAAUAUAGGUAUACAAAUAUUAACCAACUAUAUAUAGUCAGUGUGUGCGUGUGUAGCUGAUGUAUAUGUAAUACAAUACUGCACACACAAAUGUAAACACAAGAACACAUGAUAACCAGGUAACUCCUGUGUGUGUGUGUGUGUGUGUGUGUGUGUGUGUGUGUGUGUGUGUGUGUGUGUGUGUGUGUGUGUGUGUGUGUCACGUCCCUAACGCGCACACACAAAUACUUCCGUGUAUGUCCUCGUACUAUACGUAUAGAAACAGCCAAUCUUACCUCACUAGAACUCAGUAAACACACAGACACGCAAACACAUCAAUCAAACAUUCCCUCGCGUGCCAAAAAUAGAUAAAACGACAUUAUAAAGAGACACAUUCGCCAUAAAACCACACCUCUUUGAACACGAGCUAUAAUAUGGAUUUUAUAUAGAAUACCUGUAAUUAAGCUUUUGUUGACUGUGCAGGUAAUAUUUUUGUACGUGCUGUGUGUGUGUGUGUGUGUGUGUGUGUGUGUGUGUGUGUGUGUGUGUGUGUGUGUGUGUGUGUGUGUGUGUGUGUGUGUGUGUGUGUGUGUGCAUUAGUGA